AUGGACGAGUUUUACCUAUACUUUGACCAUCCUGUUGAUGAACCUGAGAUUGUGGAGGAUGCUGGAAACAAAAGUAACAGUCCUAUCACAGAAGAGGUUUUGGUGGAUCUUCAGAGUUUGUCAUCUGAUGAUAGGUACGAGAGUACAGAGGAUGAGCCCUACAAACCUCCACCACCCAGUGCUGAUGACAAUGGUAGCAAAAGGCAGAGAGUAAUGAAGGGAAAGAAAAAAGCUGUGUCUCCAAAGAAGCCAGCUACAAAGAAGACGGGUGCUAAAAGAAACAGGAAGACGUGGAAGAAGAAGGGACAAAGUAGUGGACUAGGUGCAUCUAAUGUUACUAGAAGAGACCCACAACCCAACAGAGACCAAAAUGUUAGGUUCUAUGUGAGUAAAGUCCAAGAUAAUGAUAAUGACCCGCAUGAGUUUGAUGAUGAUUAUGCUUUUGGAGAGGGGAGGUUUGAGUUAGGGACUAGGUUUGCCACUGUAGAAAGAUUUAAGGAAGUUGUGAAAGACUCCUUCAUUGUUGAGGGUAGGGAGCUUAGGUGGAGUAAUAAUGACAAGGAGAGAGUGAAGACUUACAAAAAUGAUCAUACAUGUGCAAGGGACAUGGGAAGUGAUGCGGCUGAUCAACAUUGGAUUAGUUUAAAGGUUGAGAAGAGAAUGAGUACACAGCCUCAUAUGAGGACAAGUGAGGCUAUUAACUUUCUAAGAGAAGAAUUCUCACUCACUGCACAUCCAAAAAUAGUUUACAGAGCAGUUAGAGAGGCAAGAGAGAGAAUCAUGGGCAAUGAGAGGGAGCAGUACAGUAAUGUGAGAGAUUACUUGUUUGAGAUAUUAAGAAGCAACCCAGGGUCUAGGGCAGAAUUGUGUAUCACUCCUAUCCCUCAAUCCCCCUUUGUGUUUGAUAAGCUUUAUAUAUGUUUAGAGACAUGCAAGCAGAGUUUCAAGAGUGGACGUAGGCCGUUGAUACAUCUUGAUGGAUAUUUUCUGAAGACUUAUUAUGGUGGACAACUCCUCACAGCAGUGGAUCAGGACGCAAAUAACCAAUUUCAUGUGGUUUCCUGCAGAGUAACAAGGUCUGAAACUAAAGAGUCUUAA